AUGGGCCGCCCUUCACGGCCCGUCGCCGCCCUCCGCGGCCACCCGCGGCCCCUUCACGGCCGGUCGCCGCCCUCCGCGGCCCCUCGCGCCGCCCUUCACGGCCCGUCGCCGCCCUCCGCGGCCACUCGCGGCCCCCCCCUUCACGGCCGGUCGCCGCCCUCCGCGGCCCCUCGUGCUGCCCUUCACGGCCCGUCCGCCGCCCUUUGCGGCCUCUCUCGGCCCGCCGUCGCCGCCUCUACAGCAGCAGCAGCUGCAGUCGCUACAGCGGCCGCGGUCGCCGUCCCAGCAGCAGCAGCAUCCGCCGCCCCAGCAGCAGCACCCGCCGCCACUGCAACCGCGGCCGCCGCCUUCCCUGCAGGAGCGGCCGCCGCCGCCCCUGUAGCAGCAACUGCCGCCGCCGCUGCAGCAGCGGCCGCCGCCGUCCUUGUCCUCGCUUUUGACGCUGAGGGUCGGGCCAUUGACUUUGACGUCUGGGUAGAUGACCUGCAGCUUUUCCUACAGUGCGAUAGGGCAGACGGUCUCUCCCUCUUUGACCUCACUUCUGGUGCCUCUCCUGCCCCCGCUGCUGAUGCUGACGCCACUGUUCGCUCACAGUGGGCCACACGCGAUGCUGCUGCACGUCUUGCUGUGCGUCGCCACUUGCCUACCUCUGAGCGUGCGCACUUUAGCCAGUACAAGAGUGCUAAGACCUUGUAUGACGCUGUAGUUGCACGCUACUCUUCCCCUGCCACUGCUGCACUUAGCCGCCUCAUCCUGCCGUACCUCUUCCCUGACCUCGCAGCUUUUCCCACAGUUGCUGACCUCAUUACACACCUCCGCACUAGUGACAUUCGCUACCGCGCUGCCCUUCCCGCUGAGUUCUGCGCCAAGAACCCCCCCCCUAUGUACAUCACCCUCUACUACAUAGUCACCCGCCUCCCUGACACCCUUCGCCCGGUCAGGGACCACUUUCUCUCUGUUUGCCCCACCACCCUCACCGUUGACCUCCUCGAGGAGCGCCUCCUAGCAGCAGAGAAGAGCAUAGUCGCUGUAGGAGCCUCUCGUGGUGACCCGCGCUCCCCUGUCUUUGAGGGGUGCUCCCCCUCUCCUCUCUUGCCCUCUGUUGCCUCUGCUGCUGCGGCCGACUUCGUUGGUCUUGAGUCGGUCGGUGCGGCGUCUACCCCUAGCGGGAAGCGCCGCCCUGGCAAGGGCAAGGGGGGCAGGGGCGCUGGAGGAGCUAGCGGGGGCGGUGGAGGCAGCGGUGGAGGCGGCGGAGGGGGUGGGGGUGGCGGUGGGGGUGGUGGCGGGGGUGGAGGUGUCGGUGGCGGCAGUGGAGGCGGAGGCGGAGGCGGUGGUGGCGGUGGGAGCGGAGGUGGCGGAGGUGGCGGCGGUGGAGGAGGCGGCGGCGGGGGAGGUGGAGCUGGUCGGGGUGGCACUGCGCAGAGGGUUGGCUCCGGUGGUGGUCAGCGCCAGAAGCAGCAGCAGCAGCAGCGCACUCGGGACAUCCCCCCCCCUCAGCAGCUCCGUGAGUGGUACGCUGCACGCCAGCGGGGUUGGGGUACUGGUCUGUGCACCUACGUCCUACGCACCGGCGACCGCGCGGGUGAGCCGUGCGGGGGUGCGCACUCCACCCAGCGCUGCUUUGGCCGCCUGACGGACGCUUGGCGUCACCAGUUCCCUGAGGCCACUGAGAUCCCUCGCUGGGGCGAGCUGUCUAGGGCGGGAGUAGCUAUCUUUGACCUUGACUUUGAUGCUAUUCUUGCUGCCAUGUAUGCUGUGACUAUUAGUGAUGAGGGUGACUGUUACCGGUGUUUUCCGCCCGACCCGGGCAUUGAGACUGCUGCUCUAGGUACUGGUGAGGCUGCUGCUCUAGGUGCUAGCGAGGCUGCUGCUCUAGGUGCUAGUGCGUCUGCUUCCUCAGGUGCUGGUGAGUCUGCUCUCUCAGGUACUGCGUCGGCUUCGGCCUCCCACACCUUCACCCUUGACUCGGGGGCUUCUCGCUCCUUCUUUCGAGACCGCACCACACUCACUCCGCUUAGUCGGCCAGUUGCAGUCUCUCUGGCAGACCCCUCUGGGGGUCCUGUCCUUGCUCACUUCUCCACUGUCCUCCCGUGUCCGGCGGCCCCCUCUGGCACCCUGUCUGGUCUUUACCUCCCCUCGUUCUCUACGAACUUGGUGAGUGGUGCUGACCUACAGGAUGCGGGGGUUCACCAGUUCACUCCUGCGAGCCAGCGGGUGACCCACUGCACGGACGCUCGGACAGGCCGACACCUGGCCACGUUUACACGUCGGCCGGGGUCGAGCCUGUACACACUGACCACUGCGUCUCCUCCAGUCACUGCGUCUGGUCAGGUAGUUGCGUCGGGUCAGGUGUUUGCUGCGGCGUCCAGGUCUGGUCCUGAGUCUGCCCCCUGCUCGUGUCGCCUCCUGUCUCACGAGACUCUCCUCUGGCACCACCGCCUUGGUCACCCCUCCCUGCUUCGUCUCCGAGGCAUGGCCUCCCGUGUCCUUGUCUCCGGUCUUCCCCGGUCCCUCCCUCCCCUUCCUCCGGGGCCUGCCCCUACCUGCGUCCCCUGUGUCGAGGGGCGGCAGCGGGCUGCCCCUCACUCCUCCCAGUUUCCUCCGACAGAGGCCCCACUGCAGACGCUUCACAUGGACGUGUGGGGCCCGGCCCGCGUCCGUGGACAGGGUCACGAGCGCUACUUCCUGCUGGUGGUUGACGACUGCUCGCGUUACACCACAGUCUUCCCCUUGCGCAGCAAGGGUGAUGUCACUGAGGUGUUGAUCGACUGGAUCCGCGCAGCUCGUCUCCAGCUCAGGCAGAGCUUCGGCUCGGACUUUCCUGUUUUGCGUCUGCACUCUGACAGAGGCGGAGAGUUCUCCUCUGGCCUUCUGCGAGCCUACUGUCGUGCACGAGGCAUCCGCCAGACCUUCACGCUUCCGGACUCUCCACAGCAAAAUGGGAUUGCUGAGCGCCGCAUUGGCAUGGUCAUGGACGUCGCCCGUACGUCCAUGAUGCAUGCGGCUGCCCCCCAUUUUCUGUGGCCGUUUGCGGUUCGGUACGCGGCGCAUCAGAUCAACCUUCAGCCCAGGGUCUCCAUGCCGGAGACCUCCCCAGCUUUGCUGUGGACGGGGAAGGUUGGCGAUGCGUCUGCGUUCCGUGUCUGGGGAUCUCGGGCGUUUGUCCGCGACCUGUUUGCGGACAAGUUGUCCCCUCGUGCUGCUCCUUGUGUCUUCCUUGGCUUCCCCCCUGACGCGCCAGGGUGGCAGUUCUACCACCCCACCUCUCGCCGUGUUCUGUCCUCCCAGGACGUCACGUUUGACGAGUCGGUCCCCUACUACCGCCUCUUCCCCUACCGCACUCCGUCCCUCCCCCCGCCACCGCUCUUCCUUGUGCCAGGUCCCCCCCCGGUAGACCCCCUUCCCCCUCAGGGUCCUGCCCCUUCAGGUGUGUCCCAGGUAGACGCAGUCGAGCCUGUCGAGGUUGCUGGUGACUCUGGUGCUGCUGAGGGUGCUGAGCCGGGGAGUGCUGACUCUGGGGGUGCUGAGCGUGUGGGUGCUACGCAUGGGGGUGCUACGACUGGGGGUGCUACGACUGGGGAUGCUGAGCCUGGGGCCUGA